UUUCUUUCCGCCCGUCAACGAAGGUCAGGAUUUCUUUGGCAGCAAGAUAAGAAACCUAGCAGGAAAGAAAUACAUUAAAGCUGCCCAAUUUUUCUCUUUAUAACUACACCUAGUUUCCUAGUUCUCUCUUACAAUUGAAUUCCCACAAUCCUAUACAUACCCUUCAUCAAUCCCCAUUCAGUUCAUUACCUCUUUCGGAAAUCAACCAAAAGGCGAGAAGAUGAAGGUCACUGUAAUGACUGUUGACGAGCAAAUCAUUACCCUCGAUGUGGAUCGAGACGAAUCUGUGGAGAACUUGAAAGCAUUACUGGAAGUUGAGACACAGGUACCGCUUCAGCAACAGCAGCUGCUAUAUAAUGGGCGGGAGAUGAGAAAUGCUGAGAAGCUCAGUGCUCUUGGUGUUUCUGAUGGAGAUUUGGUGAUGAUGGUGUCAAACGCAUUGCAAUCAAGUGCUUCUAGCAAUGCCAUGGGCUUCAAUCCAGAUGGCUCUGCAGUGAACCCAUCUGCUUUCCAGCAGCACUUGCGGAAUGAUUCCAAUUUGAUGGCCCAAUUGUUCCAGAAUGAUCCUGAGUUGGCCCAAGCUGUUCUUGGGAAUGAUCUAAAUAAGCUACAAGAGAUUCUGCGCAUGCGUAAUCAGCAGAGAACAGAACUUCGGCGUCGACAGGAAGAGGAAAUGGCACUACUUUAUGCAGAUCCAUUUGAUGUGGAGGCACAAAAGAAGAUUGAGGAAGCAAUUCGCCAGAAAGGUAUUGAUGAGAACUGGGCAGCUGCCCUGGAGCACAAUCCCGAAGCUUUUGCAAGGGUGGUUAUGUUGUAUGUUGACAUGGAAGUAAAUGGUGUCCCUUUAAAGGCCUUUGUGGAUAGUGGAGCUCAGUCAACAAUCAUAUCAAAAAGCUGUGCUGAACGCUGUGGUUUGUUAAGGCUUCUAGAUACACGCUAUAGGGGCAUUGCUCAUGGUGUUGGCCAAUCUGAGAUACUUGGUAGGAUUCAUGUUGCUCCAAUCAAGAUUGGGCAAAUAUUUUACCCUUGUUCAUUCCUGGUGCUGGAUUCCCCGAAUAUGGAAUUUCUUUUUGGACUAGACAUGCUCCGCAAACACCAGUGCAUGAUUGAUUUGAAGGAAAAUGUCCUGAGAGUUGCUGGAGGGGAAGUGGCUGUACCGUUCCUGCAAGAGAAGGACAUUCCAUCUCACUUUCUCGAUGAACAGAGGCAUGCUAAGGAGGCGGCUUCUAGCUCUGGAUCUCAAGCAACAUCUGCCGGGGAGAAGACUAAUACCCCUACAGGAGGCCCUUCUGGAAGUUCUGGUCAGACCCAGACACAGGGACCUAAUUUUGAAGCCAAAGUAAGCAAGCUUGUUGAGCUGGGAUUUGGAAGGGAGGCUGUCAUACAAGCUUUGAAGUUCUUUGAUGGCAAUGAAGAACAAGCUGCUGCAUAUCUUUUUGGGGGUUGAUUAGCUGUAAUAUACAUUUUUCACUUAUGUAACUCUUAUUGUUAUUUUAGACCCACAUUCAUAGGCUGCACAGUAACUGUUGCAGUUUAACUCCUAACAGGAGGUUGGGAGAGAAGGAACAUCAUACACAUUAUUGUUUCAUUUUUCUAAUUGAAUUUCGAAAAAUAUGUUUAUCUACCCCUAAUUAUUUUAUGGCAUAA